ACCGUCUAGCCUCGAUGAGUAAUUCUUCUCCAUUUUGUUCAUUCCAUCCUGAUGAAAGAUACACAACUCGUAUCAAAAAUAUUUUAACUGAAUAUCCGGAUGGAUCCCAAAUUCUUAGGGAAAUUUUACAAAAUUCUGAUGACGCAAAAAGCACUGUACAAACUUUCAUUUUAGAUCAUAAUACUUAUCCUACUGAGAAACUAUGUGAUUCAAGACUUGAUAGAUAUCAAGGUCCUGCGCUUUUGGCCAUUAAUGAUAGUAUUUUUCAACCUGAUGAUUUUAAGUCUUUGCUAAGUCUGGCUAAUAGUGAAAAAAGAAAUAAAUUUGAUAAAAUUGGAGGUUUCAAAGCUGAUUUUGUGGAAUAUGACUUAAUCAAUAAGUACCCCGAUCAAUUUAUGCCCUUCUCAGUAGCUUCGAACAACUCCCUCGAUGGGUUUUAUAACGGAACAAUGUUUCGAUAUUCUCUUAGAACGGAUGCAGGUGCUGCUGAAUCAGAAAUUUCUAAUAAAGCAUAUCAAAUUAGUCAAAUGGAAGAAUUAUUCAAGACUUUUUAUCAUGUUGACAAUAUUACUUGUCUCAUAUUCUUGAAAUAUAUUGAAAAGAUAUCGUUCUACGAGCUCAAAAAAGGCUGUACUAUUCCUGAACUUUUAUAUCAAAUUGAUAUUACUAAUGCUAAAGAAAUUUCAAAUAAGAGAAAGUUAUUAGCUAAUAAUAUAAUGUCCAUGAUAACUUCUCCCUUAACUUCUGGAACUUUUGAAACUAUUUACAAAAUGAAUUUUUGUCUAAGUUCUGCUCAAAGUAAUAUUAAAAGUGAAUGGCUAAUCAUCAAUUAUAUUGCUGAUGUCAAUGAUGAACAUUAUAUCAAAUUUAAGAAUUAUGUUCGUGAUUGUAAGUUUGUACCAAAUGUUGGUUUAGCUGCACGAAUAGAUGAUGUUUCAAAGAAUAUAGGAAAGCUUUAUUGCUUUUUACCUUUACCUGGAAAUAAAGAUGAUUUUUCUGUUUCAAUUAAUGGUUGUUUUGCCGUCAGUAAAAAUAGAAGGCAUUUGGAAAUUUCUAUGGAUGAUGAUAUGGCACCUGGUGAUCUAUUACGUCUUAAAGGUGCAUGGAAUAAGUAUUUAUUUGAAAAGGUUAUCCCGAUAGCAUGGAAAAAACUUUUAUCAAAAGCUGCUGAAUGUAUAUCAUUUAAACAAAUUUACACACUUUGGCCAAUACCUCAAGAUGGAUUUUCUCGAAGAUUAGAUGAAAAAAGUUGUUUAUGGGCCAAUCUUUUACAAAAUGUUGUCAAUCAAAUUGAUCCUAAUCUUUACGUUUUUCGUGGUCAUUCAAAAUAUUUAUCAAUAAAUGAUGGAUACUUGACUGAUAAGAAAUUUGGUAAAUCAACAAUUCUAUCGGAAAUAAUGGCAAAAUUGGAGUUUCCUAUUUUUGUAAAUAUCCCAGAAUCGAUUGUUUAUAAAUUAGAACAAAAUAUUUCAAAGCAUAAAACAAUUUUGAAAUAUAUUUCUCCAGAAAUUGUUUGCAAAUAUAUUCCUGACAAUAUAAAUAGGUUAAAUGAUCUUAAUCGUCAAGAAAAAUUAAUUUUAUUGGAAUAUGCUCUUAUGGUUAAUGAUAUUUCUAACCUUUAUGGACUUCCUUUGCUUCCAGUUGGAAAUCAAACUUUUGUUACUUUUGGUUCUCAAAAUUGUAGUAAAUUUUAUAUUAGUAGUAAAAAUGAACAUACACUUAUUAAUGAUGAUCACUUAGGAGUAAUCGUUGACAUAACAAUUGGAGAAAAACUUUUAUCAAUGUUACAAAAUUUUGCAAAAAAUAAUGCGAAUAUUAAUAUUCAAAUUCUUUCCGAAGUGCAAAUGCCGGAUAAAAUAGAAAACCAUUCCUUUCCAUCAAAUAUUACUCAAACUAUUUUUUCAGAUUCUCAAAAAAAGGAUUUAACCAGUUAUAUUAGUGCCUAUUUACGUUAUGAAUCUUCAUUUAACCAGAAUAUAAUAGAUGUAAUCAAGCACAUCCCAAUAUUUAAAGAAAUAAAUAAUGAUAAUUAUUUAAGUAUUGAUUCAUUAGACGCGUCUGGAAGAAGUUAUUAUUUACUUCCUAGACAAGACGAAUUAUCAUGCGGACUCAUUAUUUCACCUUGCGCAUUUUUGGAAGCUCACACAUCUGAUGAUAUUCGUUUUAUUCUUGAAAAAGUAAUUCAAGUUAUAAGAUUGGAUCAAAAAGAAUAUUGGAAAGAUCAUGUUAUUUCUUAUUUAAGUUCACAAACUCCUGAUAUUAUGGAUCAGGUAAUCGUAAUGCUUUUUGAGAAAUGGAACAUUAUUAAGUCUUUUCUAGAUGAUCUUUCCAAAAUUAAGUUUGUUAAAACUUGUUCUGAUAGAAAAAAUCCAAUCGAACUUUUUGAUCCUGAUAAUGUUCGUAUAAAAGUUUUAUUUUUUCAUGAUGAACCAUUCUUUCCUAUAAAAGAUUAUCCAACUCAGGAUUAUCUUUUUAAAUUACGUGAAUUGGGAAUGAAAAAAUCAAUGACUGGUGCAGAUGUUGCUGAACGAAUAGAAAAAUAUAAAUCACAAAUAUGUGACGAUGAUGAUAUUCACGAUAAAUCACUUUUACUUUUAAAAUAUAUUGAUGAUCAUUAUGAAAAGUUGAAAGAUGACAUUUCGUUUCAAGAAAAACUUCAAACAGAAAUAUGGAUUCCAACCUUUAAACCAGAACCAGAUAAUAAUCAACAAAUUGUAGCACAGCAAUUAUUACAUUUGAUAAAGUCAAUGAAAGAAACAAGAAAGGAAUUUAUGCAUUCUCUUAGUAGACGAAUCAAUGCAAAUUAUGAACAUUUAAAUAAGAUAAUUAAUGAACCAGGUGAUGAAACUCAUUUAACCAUUUUAAAAGAACAAUUAUCAAAUAAAAAAUGGAUUGUAAAUGGUUUAGAUGAUUAUGAUUCCUAUUCUACUGAAAAAAUAGUAUUUUCUCUUCCCAAGUUUAUUCCGAAUAGUUUUUGGAUUCCACUUUCUUGGCACAAUAUAAGGAAUUAUUCAACACUUUUUGAAAAACUUGGUGUCAAAAAAACACUUGAAACUCAAGAUUAUAUAAAAUUACUUCAAAAUGUUGAUUUUAAAAAUCCAAGAGAAAGGAACAAUAUAAUGUCUAUAAUUGAUGUAUUAUCAUCAAGUGGAGAUGAUUUAACAGGAUUAUUAAUUCCAAAUAUGAAAUGUGAGAUGGUAGAUUAUAACACCAUCUUUUUUGAUGAUAUGGGUCCAAGGGUUAAAAGCUCAAUGAAAGAUUUUAGUAUCUUGGCUCAUUCGGAAAUUUCAAAAGAUCUUGCAAAUAGAUUACAACUUAAAAAUUUAAGCGAAACUUUUUUGAGAAAUAUGAAGUUUGAUUUUGGGCAAAAUGAACAAGUUACUACAAGAUUGAGAAAUAUUCUUAGGUAUUUAGUAAUUGAUUGUGAGUUAAUUAUAAAAAUUAAUUUAAACUUUGAUGAUGGAUAG